AUGCACAAAGACGAUGAAGAAAAAACAAGCUUUGUUACCGACAACGGCACAUACUGCUACAAACAAAUGCCAUUCGGACUAAAAAAUGCAGGGGCAACUUAUCAGCGUCUAAUGAAUUUCGUGUUCAAAGACCAGAUCGGUCGCAAUAUGGAAGUUUACGUAGACGACAUCAUCGUCAAGUCCAAAAAAGUAGAAGAUCAUGCGAGAGACUUGGAAGAAGUCUUUACAAAGCUAAAAAAAUACAAACUCAAGCUAAAUCCAGACAAGUGCGCCUUCGGAGUCCCAGCAGGAAAAUUCCUAGGAUAUCUCAUCUCCCAGAAGGGUAUCGAGGUAAACCCAGAAAAAACAAAAGCAAUCCUAGAUAUGAAGGCGCCAAAAUCAGCUAAAGAAGUUCAGAAGCUAAAUGGAAAAAUCACAGCCCUUGGUCGAUUCGUGUCCAACUCGGCCAAAAGAUGUCUCCCAUUCUUUAAAACAUUGAGAAAUGCAAAAAAGUUCGAGUGGACCGAUGAAUGUCAACAAUCUUUCGAAGAACUCAAGAAAUUCCUGAGUUCACCACCAUUGCUCGGAAGGCCGGAAACCGGAGAAGUACUAUACCUAUACUUAAGUGUCACUAAUGAAACAGUGGCAUCGGUACUGGUGAAGGAGGAAUUGACUGAGCAAAAGCCGGUAUACUACACGAGCAAGGUGUUGAAAGGUCCCGAGAUCCGAUACAGUAAAAUUGAGAAGUUUGCACUCGCAUUGGUUCUAACAGUGGAAAAGCUAAAAAGAUACUUUCAAGCUCACACUGUCGUAGUCCGAACAAACCAACCCCUACGAAAAGCACUGGCAAGACCGGAAACAUCAGGACGGCUAAUCAAUUGGUCAGUCAUGAUAGGAUCGUACGACAUCAAAUACGAGCCGCGAACAGCAAUGAAAGCCCAGAUCUUAGCCGACUUUGUAGCCGAAACAACAACACACGACCAACCCACCGAAGUAGACAAGGGUCUUACCAGCUGGACACUACAGGUCGAUGGGGCAUCAAAUAUAACCGGAGCCGGAGCAGGCAUAAUACUAAGAGGACCACACAAAAUCAAAAUGCAACACUCAAUCCACCUAAAUUUCCCAGCAACCAACAAUGCAGCAGAGUAUGAGGCUUUGAUAAAUGGGCUAAGGAUGGCUACAGUAGUGAAGACUGAAUAUGUCAAAAUCCAGAGUGACUCUCAGCUAGUGGUUAAUCAGGUACUCGGGACAUACGAGGUGAAGGACCCAGAAAUGAAAAAAUACGUAGACCGGGUGAAAGAGCUACUUACAAAAAUUACCGAAGAAGGCGGGAAAUGGGAGUUGGAGCAAAUCCCCAGGGAAGAAAACACCGAAGCAGACACACUAGCAAAGGCAGGAGCAUCCAGAGAGAUAAUGCCGAGCAUACCAUGCUCAGUUCAAAACUUCAGCAGUAUCCAAAAUCCUGAAGCCACAUUCCUCAUAAACCCUUUAGAUCAGUGGAUGGAACACAUCAUUUCAUACAUCGAGAAUGGGAAUCUGCCCGAAGAUAACAAAGCAGCAAAGAAAGUAAAACGCCAAGCACCACACUUCUCAUACCGAGACGGGACUCUGUACAAAAAAUCCUUCUCACACCCCUGGUCCAGAUGCCUCACAGUAGAAGAAGGGAAAUAUGUAUUGGCUGAGAUACACGAAGGUAUAUGUGGGAGUCACAUCUCGCAUCUAGCUCUCUGCCGAAAAGCUGUUUUACAAGGUUACUACUGGCCGACACUGGCACAAGACGCAGCAAACCUGGUACAAAAAUGCGAAAAAUGUCAGUACCACCAAAACGUCCACCAUCAGCCAACAGCGGAACAAAACCCAAUAGUAAGCCCUUGGCCAUUCAGCAUGUGGGGAAUAGACAUUGUCGGGCCUUUUCCAACGGCAAGUGGACAACGAAAAUUCCUGAUAGUAGCAGUUGACCACUUCUCAAAAUGGGUAGAGGCCGAAGCUGUGUCCACCAUAACAGAAGCGCGAGUUCGAAGCUUCGUCCGAAGAGAAAUCGUCUGUCGUUUUGGGAUCCCAAAAACCAUCAUAACCGACAAUGGAAAGCAGUUCGACAACAAAAACUUCAGAGAGUUCUGCAAGGAAAAAGGAAUUGACCUAAGGUUCACUUCGGUCACCCACCCACAAAGCAACGGAAUGACAGAAGUCACCAAUCGGACCAUUGUUAAUGGCCUGAAAAAACGCCUCGACGAAGCUAAAGGUCGAUGGGCCGACGAGCUACACAAUGUACUAUGGUCAUACAGAACCACCCCAAAAGCUGGGACAGGAAGAACACCAUACAGUUUGACCUAUGGGUGCGAAGCAAUGGUACCAGUCGAAAUCGGCAUGCCCACCAUCAGAGUACAAUACUUCGAUGAACAACAAAACGAAGAAAACACCAAAAUUUGCCUCGAUCUGCUAGAAGAAAGAAGAGAUCAAGCAUUAAUGCACAUCGAAGCAUACAAACAAAGGAUGGCAACAUAUCAUAACAAACGAGUCAAACCUUUGACAUUCGAAGUAGGCGACCUGGUACUACGACGAGCUGAUAUAGCAAAAGGAAACGCAGGCAUCUCCAAGCUCGGAGCUAAUUGGGAAGGGCCUUACCAAGUAAAGAAAGUGGGAAAAGGUGGAGCCUAUCACUUAACCUACAUGUCCGGAAGAGACCUACCAAGAACCUGGAAUGCCAGAGUUCUCAAAAGAUUCUACCAGUAG